AUGGCAUCCACUCGCUCGCUCGGCCUCCACGAACCCUCGGCCGUCUCCUACCUGGUCUCUGAGGGAAUACUGCCCCCUGACCCGUCACAAGACCAGUACAGUUGGACAACAUGCGUGGACGAGAACGGAUUGACCGGCCCCGUGGACGACGAGCUGGUAUGGACGAAACAUUGCGUGGUUUGGUCUCGCGCUGGGAUGGUGAAGCGAGUGUUUCGGCUGGACUCCGAGAAAGAAGAUAUUCGGCACGCUUUGUUUACCCAAUUUACCGCGGGCCAUGUGAAGCGCUCUGUUCACGACAAUACGGGGAAUUCGACCUCCGAACGUCUUCGAACCGUCGGCGCGGGAACGAAUACGCGGGCAGGUCAAGGAAAGCGCCAUGGGAAUGAAUCAAGAUCGACGAAUUCAGAUUCGACGUUGGACCUGCAUGGCGAUGCACGGGUAGCAGUGAUUACUCCUCAUCAGGUCAAUGAGAAGAUGUCCAGAGCUCUCGUGGUGGUCCUCAAGUCACAAGCUCAUAUAUUCUUCGUCGCGGGAACCAGCCAUACAAUUCCACUUCCUUUUGAAGUUGAAUCUGUCUUUGCAACUCCUCGUGGGCUUCUUUUUCAGCGAAAAAUACCGGAGGAGAAUCCCAGACCCCAACAUCCACCUGCACCUCCCAAUUCUUUCUUGACGUCCUCUUUAUUCGAUCCCCGUGCUUCUCAGACAUUGGAUAUUCCACCAGCUCCCACCAAAGGGAAACGGCCAUCUUUGAAACUUUCUGCGCUUCGGAGUUCUACAUGGGCUCCAAAGUCCAACUCCGGUUCAGACCUUCCGCGGGUCUUUUCACUCAUAGAUCCUCAUUCGGAGAUGGGCCUUGUUGUAACCUCACAAUCUUCCCAAGGUUUGUCCAGCAGCGUCAACAGCACCAAGCGGAGGCCUUCAGGAUUGGAUGUGCUGGACCCCGCCGAUGAGAUCGUGUACAUUUCCCCUAAGGACGAACUCUCGAGUUCGAGUCAAAUCUCAAAAAAUGGGCCUUUGAUAUUGGUAGUCACUACGAAUACAACCACUGGGCUUCAUACGGUGUGGACCGCGCGAUACAGAGACGACGAGCAUGGCUCUUCGGCAAAAGAAAAGGCUCGACGAUACACCGAAGGCACUCAAUCCAAGAGGCGCAGCUCGCACUAUGGAAUAACAACUGGCGCGACUACCCCUGCUGCGCGACCUUCAGCAGCUCGCGAAAGCUUCGGACCCUGGACAGAAAAUAGGGUUCCAUCCCAGCAAACCGAGUCUAAGAACGACCCUGAAGAAGACCUGGUCUCAAGGGUUGCUCAAGAUUUCGGAGAUGUUGGUGUUCCUCUUAAAACUUCCAGGCGAGUGAGCUCGCUGCUUGCACGAACAGAUCUGGCCACUGGCCAAGAUCGAAUAACCUUCUCAGAUCUUGCUACCGGCAGCCAGUCUAGUACUGCGCCUCAUGGCGGACUUAGACAAUCCAUUGGGGCUGGUAGUAUGCGUGGGAGUUUUGGCUUCAACCCUCGUGCUUCACUUCCUCCAGCCACAGGAUCUGUCUAUAGCACUGCAGGAAGCUUUAUUGACGCGCCGGUAGAUAGACUGCUGGAAGAGCUUAAUAAUGAUGUUCUGUCCGAAGGCUUUGAGAACAUUGCUCUUCGGGAAUCAGCAUCCGGGCUGCCGGAGGAGCUUUUACUCACCAAGGUAGAGAGCUUCUCUUCCAUGUUCUCGGGCAACUUCCGUGGCUCCUCUCAGCAAACAUCAUCCCGCCAUCUUAAAGUCUGCACGCUGUGCUCAUCCGACUAUGGGAAUAUCCAAAAUGGAAACGCAGCUUCGGUGGCAGUCUGUAUCGUGGACCAGGACUCGCAAACCAUGUCUGUGGUGAAUUUGCGGGCAGAGCGAGUGGCAGUCUCGAAGAAGCAAAGAAUGGCCACUUCCAAGAAGACGGCCUCAGAGAGACGGCCAUUGCUGGUUAAUGCAACAGGCAUCCAGCAUGUCCCUAAUGUCUGGGAUGUCUCCCGAGUUAGUGAUGGCGAGACUUCUCGUAUCCUCACCCUAAGUGUCUCUGAGAAUGGGCAGCGGGAGUUGUCCUUGCAGACUCUUUGGGGCAGCCCUACAAAAGUGGAUAUCCCAGUUCCACUACAGCUCUACGAGCCCCAUGGGAUCUCCGCCGGCAAACUGGUGAGCCGUCCCAGGGAAAGUGGCGUUAACCGUGUCGUGGCGGAUCCUGAUCUCGUCCUUUCGGCCUUUGAUCACGGCUGCUCGAGAGGGAAGAUCGAUUUGGUGGAUACAAAGAAGCAGCGACACAGCAUACAGAUUCGAAUGGAACCACGAAACGACCUCGUGAAGAAAGUCCUUAGGGUUUGCAGGUUUGCCCUUCGUGAUGCAGAGAAAGCUGGAGAUGGCAUCUUGGUGGCUUGGUGGGAGGUCAUGAAGUGGCUUAAGGAGAAAGAAGACGUUGAGAAUGAUCUGGAAUGGACUGCCAUGGUCAUGGUUUUGUUCUCCUUGGCGGUGCCUUUUACCAAACAGCCGCCACCCCAGACCCCUGCUAAGCGAACUCGCCGAAAGAAAGGUCUUUUGAGGUCGAGCAGUGGCAGUUAUGUGGACCUGGAAAGCUGGGAGGCCAUGCUCGAUCUGGAAUCGGGUCCAUCCGGUGUCACUGCUCCAUGGAUGAUGGGCAGUUCUUGGGGCUGGAUUGUUGAACAAGAUGCUAUUGAGGACCUGGCAGCUCGAGAUGCAUCCCGUACACCGAAAAGCGAACAGCCCAAUGCAAACCGGUCCACCUAUCGCCACAACUCAUAUUUGACCCGAUGCAUCUCUUUGACUCGUGAGUUCUUACAGAGUCCUCAAGGUGCUAGGGCUUCCGGCCGCGAUGGCUAUCUUCCUAUUUCUGGCGCAUUCCCUGAGAACACAAGAUGUACUGCACUGGGUACCGUACUCGUUGGUCUACAGCUCCUGCGAGAAGAACAAAAGCUUUCAACUUGUGACACUGAAGAGUCCCAACGCCCUCUCGGACUACUCAUCCCUAUUCUCGCACAGCUUGGUGGCUGGUUGGGUUGGCAAUCGUGGAAAUGGACCGAAGAUUCUUACUUUGGCACCGAAAUGGCUAGUAUGGAACGAUGGCAAUUCGAAGACACUCGGAUUUCCCAACUCAAUGUCCCGGCUGAGCCAUUCCCUCCCCCUUCGAUUUUUGCCUUCCUCAUGAAAGCCGCACGUCAAGUGUCUACACCCUUUAUCACUCUUCUCGAUAUCGUUUCCGCAUCAGACCGAACCCCCAGAAAGGGACGGAUGUGGCAGGAGUGCUUCAAUAUAACACCUCGAAGUUUAGCACUGAAUGGCUUCCUCGUCGAUGUUCACAAUGUAACGACUCCAUUGGAGAAGAUCAAGCUCCUGCAUCGCUGGGGUUUCACCAAGAGCAUUAUCGACACUUUCCCUGAAGGUGUUAGCGCACCACUGUAUGAGGCCGUUAUGCAGUGCCAGAUUGACGCUUCAACUUCCUGGAAUGCAACACUUCUCGAGCUGAUCGACCGAGAGGAUCUUUAUAUGUCAAUGAACCCAGUUCACACUCAUACAUUUGCGCCGCCACAGCAUUCUGCUGUCUCCCAUGAGUCUGUGCGCGAUUUCCAUCACAUCAGCAGCUCAGCCUUGGAAAUAGAUGCCAUCAACGCCUUUGAGGCAUCCGCAGAGGCUGAUCGCUUCUUGGUCACCAGACUAGUGUUCCGUGAAGACAAGCGCUUCCUGGAAGCUGCACGUCUUUUGAAUCAAUCUAAAGCGCCAGUUGCAGAUUGUGUUCCUGAACCUGACUGGACGGAUUCUGAUCUCCUCGAAGCGCAGAAAGAAAUCGUGCAGCUCGUGUCCUUCCGAACAUUGUCUACUCCUGCAGGCCGUGCCAUGCUCUCCUUCAGUGGCCGCUUACCUCUGCUGACCGAAAAGCUGCCCAUUCCAUCUUUCUCGCUGCAAUGUGUUAUGAAACCCUCCAAUGUGACAGUUAGCGCAGAAAGAACCGCGUUUACCGAGGAAAAGGUCUGCUGGGCGUUCUUCCACAACGGUGUGUCUACAGGCCUGGCAAUCUCCAAGGGGUCCAAGGGAAUCGACACUUCUUGGAUCUUGUUCAACAAACCUCAAGACCUCACGAACAGGCAUGCUGGUUUCCUUUUGGCUCUGGGAUUGAACGGUCAUCUCAAGUCACUGGCCAAAUGGGUUGCCUUCAAGUAUUUGACUCCUAAGCACACCAUGACCUCCAUUGGUCUCUUGCUCGGUCUUUCUGCAUCGUACCUGGGUACGAUGGAUACGCUCAUUACGCGCUUGCUGUCUGUUCAUGUCACGCGGAUGCUGCCCCUCGGUGCAGCAGAGCUCAAUCUAUCGUCGUUGACACAGACCGCCGGUAUUAUGGGUAUCGGGCUCCUCUAUUGUGGCUCUCAGCACCGGCGUAUGAGUGAAGUUAUGCUUUCUGAAAUCGAAAACGCCGAACAAGAUGAGCAAUCAACCUCACAGGAAGACUUGAGAGACGAAGGAUAUCGUCUAGCUGCAGGCUUUGCGCUUGGCCUGAUCAACCUAGGCAAAGGCAAAGACCUGCGAGGAAUGCGUGACAUGCACAUCGUUGAGCGCUUGCUAGCCAUCGCUGUGGGCACCAAGAAUGUUGACCUGGCACAUGUUCUUGAUCGUGCCACUGCAGGCGCAACAGUUGCAAUAGCCAUCAUUUUCAUGAAAACCAACGAUUCCGUUUUGGCUCAUAAGAUCGAUAUCCCUGACACUACUGUGCGCUUUGACUACGUGCGGCCUGAUCUCUUCCUCCUGCGGACGCUGGCACGACACCUUAUCAUGUGGGAUAGCAUCGAACCAAAUGUCGAAUGGAUAAACGCGAGCCUUCCCAAGGUGUACCGGCGACGUGCUCGCCUUACAAAGGUAUGCCAGCUACGUAGCGAGGACAUGCCGUUCUUCAACAUCCUUGCCGGCUUAUGCUUUGCUCUUGGUCUUCGAUAUGCUGGUUCUGGUCAAACGCAAGCACGGGAUUUGUUGCUGUUCUACCUGGACCAGUUCAUUCGCAUCUGUCGGCUCCCAAUGAUGAACUACGAUGCCAAACUCGCACGCAACUCAGUCCGAAAUUGUCAGGAUAUCGUAUCUCUAUCCGCGGCAGCUGUCAUGGCUGGUACGGGUGAUUUGGCUCUGUUCCGACGCUUGCGCUCGCUUCACGGUAGAAUCGAUCCAGACACUCCCUACGGUAGUCAUAUGGCAGCACACAUGGCCAUUGGCAUGUUGUUCCUCGGCGGCGGUAGCUACACACUCGGCACAUCCGACCUAGCAGUGGCUAUGCUACUCUGCGCCUUCUAUCCCAUCUUCCCAACCACCGUUCUCGACAACAAAUGCCACCUCCAAGCCUUCCGUCACCUCUGGGUUCUCGCUGCGGAGCCCCGCUGUCUCGUCCCCCGCGACCUCGAUUCCCGUCGUCCAAUCUCCAUCCCUAUUAACAUCACCUCUCACGACGGCUCCAUCCGUACCGUCUCCGCCCCAUGCCUCCUCCCAGAUCCCAGCGGAAUCAUGCGCAUCGAGAUUCGCGGCCCGGACCACUGGCCACUCGUGUUAGACUUCAGCCAGAACGACGCUCUCCGUGACAAAUUCCGCCACGGCGACCCAUCAGUCUACCUCCGCCGCAAAGCAACUUACACUCCUUCCGGCACCUCAGUGUCCGUCUUCGCAUCUACUCUCACUGGCCUGAGCGAAGCACAAGACAUCCUCUCGACAACCGCCGCAGGAGCCUCAAACCCAGCAAAGGGUCUUCCACCUUCAGCAUGGCCCAAUCGCACAGCCCAGCUCUCAGGCAGCCUUUCAGCAGCAACCACCCCCUCCCAAAGCCCAUGGGAUUGGAUCUUCCAUCUCCUCUCCCUCCAGGGCCUCGACAUCCGCGAACGUUCUCUCGUCCUCCCCUCCUCCUUCCCAUCCCCGUUCCCGCGCAUCAGCACACAACUCGUCAGCGCACCGCCUUGGCUCCGUACUUCAGCCGUCGACGCUAGACUCGCGCUCUCGAAUACUGUUCGCAAUAUCGUGCAGUCUGCUCGUGGCCGUGGCGCUGAUCCCGAUCAGUUCCGUGACCGUGUCUGGCAACUUAGACUGCUGUUUGACUGGUUGGAUCGGGUUCAGUCUGGUGAUGAGCCUGAUGCUUUGUCUGGGCAGUUGCAGCAAAUGCAGCAGGCUUCGAGUCUGUGGCUUAGAAGGGACUUUGUUGAGGAGGCGAGGUGGCAGGUUUGGGGUGUGCAGAUUGAGGAUCAGGGUUAG